AUGGUGAAAACACGCUGGAAUUCGGAGUUCGACAUGCUUGAACGUAUGAAGCGGUUACAACAACCGUUAUCAGAUGUGCUUUCGCGUUGCACUACGAUACCUGGAUUAUCUGGUACUGUGUCACACGAAUUUUAUUCGUGUAUUGGCCCUGAAAAUAAAGGGUUUGUUGUUUCCCUAAGUCAAAGAACAACUGGCGUCCAAGAAAAUCGUGCACUAACCCAACCUGAGGAAGAGCUGCUGGUUGCUUGGGAGGCGAAGAGUUCCCUCCCAAGUCCAUUUUUUUGUUUGUUUAGUUUUGUAUUGGGCGACCUGGAUAAUAUUACGUCUCCACUGACCGCUCCACUGUCAGCUGGAGCCGAUGAAAGUGAUCAUGACACGACUGAUAACAAUAACAACGAGAUAAAUAGUAUAGAUGACUCUGACCAGAUACAUGAGAUCUACCAGAAUGAUGCUGAUAAGCCAUUAGCGUAUAAUUUCUCGAAAAAUUUAAUCCAAAGUUUGAAGAUACGGUUUAGUGAAAUUGAAAGCGACACGUUACACCGCAAAUGCAGCUUUCUCGAUCCUCGGUACAGAGAUUACUUAUUUCCGGAUGAAAAAACAAAAGAAGAAAUAAAAAAAGAGAUUAAGGAUGAAAUAAUAGCGUAUAAAUUAUCGAAUGAAACUUAUCAAGUCGAGUCUGAAUCAAUUUCUGAGUCAGCUAGCGUUAAACCGACAAAAUUUUGGGAUUUUAUGAAGCAGCGACGAACAAUGCAACCUAAAAUCGGUUUAGAUUUGUUUAAUAGUAUGAUGAAAUACUUGUUCGACAAUUGUCGAACGGAAUUUGGAACCAUAGGAUUUUGGGGCAUCGACAGAAUUUUUCUAGCAGACGAUGAAAUCGAUUUUGUACUUCUGAACGACAGUGAGGUGUUUGAAAGAUCGCCGACCCGAAGAAUUAAAUUUUUGGUAAAGAUUUAUGAAGGAUUUAAUCUCCGCAGGCCAAUAAUAAAUUUGUUCUCAGCGGUACCGACGCCGGAAAUAGAAACGGUUUUCGUUUUUGACAAAGGUGGUUACAGGCCUACGAUUGUAGCUGACGAAUUUGAAUGGUAUCAAGAGCUAUUUCGAAAUUCUAAGGUUUAUUAUUGUUUCGAGUGGGAAAGACAAAUUGGCAUAAUAACUUUGAAUUCUUUUGCGGAUGUUGCUCCAGCAAUUUGGAUGAAGGAUCCUAGAAUAUAUAUGCAUAUUAAUCCUGAUAAUAGUUCCGUACAGUGGUGGAUUUAUGUAACACUAUUCACGGAAACUAUUGGAUUUAAUGUUGCAAAGUCCGUGGUUUGCAAGAAUAUGUUCUUCGAUCGUACUAAAAAACUCAAUGGCUACACGAUCAGAGCAGCAGCAAACAUAAAUUAUCAUUUCGAUCCAAUAUAUAAAAAAAUUGAUGGAUUAAUUACUAAAGCCUCUGAUAUUCGACAAGCCAUUGCCUUACUUGAUUUAAGGGUAGGAGAAUUUAGCAAAGCAUUAGUAGAUUAUUUAGACGUAUCAAUAGAAAUAACUCACGGCAUACCGGUUAAUAUAACCCUUAACCCUCUUAGACUUUUAAUGAGAGGUAUUAUUGAAAUAUAUCUUAGUCCGUCUAGUUUGAAAGACAAAAAUGAAGAAUUCGAUGCAACUAAUCAUGUUCAUCUGUCGUACCCAUUUUAUUUCUUCUAUGAGCAGAUAGUAACGCACAAUCGUGGAUUAGCGACGCCUUUGGAAAAAAUGUUUGAGUUUUACGGGUGGCUAACCAUCAUCGCAACUUCGAUCAUCCUUUUGGGUGUAUUAAUCGUCAUUUAUCUAUCAAAAAGUAAACAUAGUUCUAAAUUUACUUUUGCAGUCUUUGAGUGCUUGAGAUUACUGAUAGGCAAUUCGAUUUACACGCGGAUGGACACAGAUAAAAUGCGAAUAUUUUUUUCUGUUAUAUUCUUGUACUUUCUGAUCAUCCAGGCAACUUUUUCUGGUCACCUUGCAGCUUUUUUGACCAAACCUGUGUACAGAAAAAAUGUCGAGACUCUAGAAGAUCUAGAGGAUCCUCGUUUUACUAAAAUUUACGCAACUGAAGGAAGUAGAGACUACGUCACAGACACGCCGUUAUACAACAAAACUAUAUUUGACGAAUAUGAAUGUGCAAAAUACAUGUGCAUUGGAGAUCCAUCAGUCGCAUGCAUUGAUGAACAAAAUUAUUUAAUCCCGUUGAUAGCAAUUUAUCAUUUGCAUACCCCUAAAAAUUUCAUUAGAGUAAGCUACGCCACACUGACAAUGCCUCACAACUCGGCUUUAAAACACCGUGUUAAUAAUCUGCUUAUGCGCUUGGCACAGUCUGGAAUUCUGAACGUUUGGAACAAAGCUUGGAAGGAAUUGUUAUGCAAAAAUGCAACAAAUUAUUUGAAAAAAAUCGAAGAUAUUAUUGAAAACUAUUAUCGUCCGAUCGUACUAAGGGAUAUGACUUUUGCAUUUGUUUUGUUGGGCAUCGGUCUAUUUUUCGCGAUCAUUUCUUUUAUUCUAGAAAACUCAUUGAAAACAUUCGCGUUAAACAAAACGAAAAUAAGUUCAUGGCCAUCGUCUGUGAAACGAUCUACGAUACAUUCUGUGCGUUUUGUUGUUUCUGAAUUUCGCAUACUAUUGAAGUGGUUGUACAUUAGUUUAGUUAAAGUCGUUGGUUGGGAAGCAACCAGUAAAAGCUUAAACUUACUUGCAAUAAGGCUAACUUCGAAAAUGAUGAAACUAAUUGCUUUAAUGCUGGUUCAAAAUAUUGUGAUUGGGCAAAUUCAAGUUCCACCUGAAGACGGUUUAGAUUUGUUCAACAAUAUGAUGAGAUACUUGUUUAAUAAUUGUCGAUCAGAAUUUCGAAGCAUAGGAUUUUGGAGUACGGAUAAAAUUUUUCUAGUAGAUGAUGAAGUUGAUUUCGUUUUGGUGAACCGAAGUAGUGUGUUUAGAAGACCGCCAACUCGAAGAUUUAACUUUUUUGUGGCGGUUAUCACUAAAUUCGAUCACCGCAUGCCUGCAGUUAGAUUGCGUACAGUGGAACCGACAUUGAGAAUAGAAAACAUGUCUGUUUUCGAUGAAAGUGGUUACAGAAAACCAAUCAUGCUGAAAGUUUUUCAAUGGUAUCAAAAGAAAUUAAAAAAUUCUAAGGUUUAUUACUGUUACAUGCAGAAUGAUGAAAUUGUAAUAAUAACUUUGAACACUUUUGCGAAUAUUGCUCCAACACCAUGGAUCGGAGGUCAGUUUAUUCAGAUUAUUGGAAUUGAUAGACUAUGGUCAACUUUUAAAAUCACAUACAAUAAAGAGGCUAAAUUUAUUUAUGCAGGUUUCGAGCUCUGCAAAAAUAUGUUCUUUGACUGCACUAAAAAACUUGACGGCUACAAAAUAAAAGCAGCUGCAAUAUUGAAAAAUCGUUCCAAAAAAAAGUUCAGAAAGUUAGAAAAAUCAAUCACUAAAGCCAAUUACACUAGCCAAGGCCCCUACAUGAUAACUAAAAGGAUAAAACGAGUGAGCAAAAUAUUAACAAAUUAUUUGAACGUCACGAUCGAAAUAACUCACAGAACAAUUCUGGGUAAUCAGACCUCAUAUAUUGCGAAAUUGAUAGAACACGGUAGUGUAGAAUUAUGUCUUACACCUACUAUUUUGGUGGAUACUGGUGGAAAAUACAAUCAAUCAAGCAGUAGGAGCUCAAACUUGCUUACAGUAAGUCUAACUUUGAAAAUGAAGAAACUAAUUGCUUUGAUGUUGGUUCAAAGUAUUGUGAUUGGGCAAGUUCAAGUUCCACUUGAAGACGGUUUAGAUUUGUUUAAUAAUAUGAUGAAAUACUUGUUCAAUAAUUGUCGAACGGAAUUUGGAACCAUAGGAUUUUGGGGCAUCGACAGAAUUUUUCUAGCAGACGAUGAAAUCGAUUUUGUACUUCUGAACGACAGUGAGGUGUUUGAAAGAUCGCCGACCCGAAGAAUUAAAUUUUUGGUAAAGAUUUAUGAAGGAUUUAAUCUCCGCAGGCCAAUAAUAAAUUUGUUCUCAGCGGUACCGACGCCGGAAAUAGAAACGGUUUUCGUUUUUGACAAAGGUGGUAACAGACCUCGGAUUGCGGUUGGAGAAUUUUAUUGGUAUCAAAAGCUAUUUCGAAAUUCUAAGGUUUAUUAUUGUUUCGAGUGGGAAAGACAAAUUGGUAUAAUAACUUUUAAUGCUUUUGCGGAUGUUGCUCAAGCACUUUGGAUAAAGGUUCCUCAAAUAUAUCCAUCCAUUAAUCCUGAUAAUAGUUCCGUAGAGUGGUGGAAUUUUGGUGCGAUAUACAAAAAAGAAACCAAAUUUGAUUAUGUAGGUUCUCAGCUCUGCAAAAAUAUAUUCUUUGAUCGGACUGAAAAACUAAAUGGCUACACGAUCAGAGCAGCAGCAAAAAUAUAUAAUUAUUUCGAUCCAAUCUUUAAAAAAAUUGAUGGAUUAAUUACUAAAGCCACUGAUAUUGAACAGCUCACUGCCGUAUUUAGUUUAAGGCGCGGACUAUUUAGCAAAGCAUUAGUAGAUUCUUUGAACGUAUCAAUAGAAAUAACUCACGGCAUGCCGAUUGACAUUACCCUUAACCCUUUCGAACUUUUAAUGAGUGGUGAUAUUGAAAUAGAUCUUACUCUGACUACUUGGAUGAACAAUGAUGGAGAAUUCGAUAUGAUGAAUUAUGUUCAUCUGUCGUACCCAUUUUUUUUCUUCUAUGAGCACAUAGUAACGCAGAAUCGUGGAUUAGCAACGCCUUUGGAAAAAAUGUUUGAGUUUUACGGGUGGCUGACCCCCAUCGCAACUUCGAUCAUCCUUUUAGUUGUAUUAGUCGUUAUUUAUCUACCAAAGAGUGUAAAUAGUUCUAAAUUUUCUUUUGCAGUUUUUGAGUGCUUAAGAUUACUUAUAGGCAAUUCGAUUUACACGCGGAUGGACACAGCUAAGAUGCGAAUAUUUUUUUCUGUUAUAUUCUUGUACUUUCUGAUCAUCCAGGCAACUUUUUCUGGUCACCUUGCGGCUUUUUUGAUCAAACCUGUGUACAGAAAAAAUGUCGAGACUCUAGAAGAUCUAGAAGAUCCUCGUUACACUAAAAUUUACGCAGGUAUUAGAAAUGCAGACUACAUCAAUGGCACGCCGUUAUACAAAAAAACUUCAUUUGGCAAAAAUGAAUGUAAAAAAUACAUCGUAGAUCCAUCAGUCGCUUGCAUUGAUGAACAAAGUUAUUUAAGCCCGUUGAUAGCAACUUAUAAAUUGCACACCCCUAAAAAUUUCUUUAAACUAAACUACGCCACACUGACAAUGCCUCAUAACUCGGCUUUAAAACACCGUGUUAAUAAUUUGCUUAUGCGUCUAGAACAGUCUGGAAUUAGAAAUGCUUGGAUCAGCCUUUGGCAAGAAUUGACUAGUAAAAAUUUAACAUAUCAUUUAAGAAAAAUGGAAGAUAAUGUUGAAAACUAUCAUCGACCGAUUGAAUUAGAAGAUGUGACUUUUGCAUUUUAUUUUCUGGGCAUCGGUCUAUUUUUCGCGAUCAUUUCUUUUAUUCUAGAAAAUUCAUUGAAAACUUUCGCGUCAGACAAAAUCAAAAUAACUUCAUGGUUAUCGACAGUGAAACAAUCUACGAUACAUAUUGUGCAUUUUGUUAUUUUCAAAUUUCGCAUACUAUUAAAGUGUUUGUAUAUUAAUUUAGUUAACGUCGUUGAUUGGCAAGUAACCAGUCGAAGCUUAAACUUGCUCGCAGUAAGUCUAACUUUGAAAAUGAAAAAACUAAUUGCUUUAGUAUUGAUUCAAAAUUUUGUAAUUGGAAAAAUUCAAAUUCCACCUGAAGACGGUUUAGAUUUGUUCAAUCAUAUGAUGAGAUACUUGUUCGAUAAUUGUCGAAUGAAAUUUGGAACCAUAGGAUUUUGGGGCACGGACAGAAUUUUUCUAGCAGACGAUGAAGUCGAUUUCGUUUUGCUGAGCGACAGUGAGGUGUUUAAAAAAUCGCCGACCCGAAGAAUUAAAUUUUUGGUAAAGAUUUAUGAAAAAUUAAAUCUUAGCAGGCCAAUGAUAAAUUUGUUCCUAGCGGUACCGACGCCGCAAAUAGAAACGAUUUCCGUUUUUGACAAAGGUGGUUACAGGGCUAUGAUUGCAGCUCAAGAAUUUGAAUGGUAUCAAAAUGCGUUUCAAAAUUCCAAGGUUUAUUAUUGUUUCGUAAAGAAAGAAGAAGUUGCGAUUGUAACUUUAAAUGUUUUCGCGAAUAUUGCUCCAUCGCCUUGGACCAGGAAUCUAUUCAAUCAGUUACCUCAAAGCGUUUUACCGUCGAUAACUUAUAGAACUAGAUAUGAUAAACAGACUAAAUUUAAUGAUGCUUUUUUGACCAAACCUGUGUACAGAAAAAAUGUCGAGACUCUAGAAGAUCUAGAGGAUCCUCGUUACACUCAUAUUUACGCAAAUGUAAUGAGUGUGCACUACAUCAAAGGAACGCCAUUAUACAACAAAUCUUCAUUUUCCGAAAAUGAAUAUGAACAAUACAUCAGAGAUCCAUCAGUCGCUUGCAUUGAUAAACAAAAAUCUUUACUACAAUUAAUACCUCGUUAUAAAUUGUACACUUCUAAAAAUUCCAUUAGAUUUAGCUACUCCUCACUAUCAAUGACUCACAAUUGGGGUUUACGACACCGUGUUAACAAUAUAGUUAUGCGCUUGGCACAGUCUGGAAUUUUGGAUUUUUGGGACAAAAAUACGGUUAAAAAAACCAAGAAAAUUUUUGAAACCUCCGAAUAUUCUACCGAAAACUAUCAUCGACCUAUUAAGCUAGAGGAUGUUAUAUUUGCAUUUGUUUUGCUUUUAAUAGUUUGCCACCAAUUUACGCCUCACACUGCCUUGAUAGCUACAGUUUCAGACCAACCAAGUUGGUGUCAGAUAGUUGCCACCAACUUACCGACAACUUGCGGUCAACUUCCGAAUUUGAAACUGUUGACGUCAAGUUGGCUACAAGUUUCUGAGAAAAACAAGACCAAUCUACUGCCGCAAUAUGUCGCCAAAUUUCUCGAGAAACUUGUCGUCAACUUGGUGCGAAAGAAUUUCGAAAGCAAUUUCUGCCGACAACUUGGUGAACAACCGAGUUCAUUUCCAAGACUUGCCGCCAACUUGGUGACAAGUUGCUGCAGCAAAUCAACGGAAAGUUGCGACCGGUUUGGCUAUCAGGGUGAUACCAAACUGCGUCAGUAG